AGUGAAUUGGGCGAUAUGAUGCGGUUGGGCCUCGAGAGUGACUGGCCGUUGGCCGUGAUUGAUCUCGAUAAGCGAUUGGUGUGUAUCUCGAGUGCAGGAUCGCAGAUAGGGAAGCAUUUCGAGAUGAAAUGGCAGUAUCAACGUGCCAAGAUCAACGCCAUAUUGUAUCAACAGCAAACUGAGGAGAGUGCGUUGUGUUAUCAGUAUGGUGAUAACGGUGGUGAUAAGGGUGAUAACGGGUCGCAGACGGGUGCGGGUGCGGCGAAUGGGAUGGGUUUGUUGGGCAGAACGGGAGGGCAGAGCAUGAAAAUUGAUAAGCCAGAUAAUGGUUGCAGUGAGAUGCGGAAUUGUGCAUGUGAAAGUCACGUGGCCGAGUUUUUGGCCCGUUUGGAUAUCUUACCGAUGGAACAAGGCGUGCGUAUCGGUUUCAUAAGGCAGUUUCUGCUGGCGUUGGAAAAUAAGGCCAGGGCCUUCAUAACGUACGUUCAGGACGCAAGGUAA